AUGGCUGACCAAGAGAUCGGCGUGAGGGUGACGCGUUUGGCGGCGAGGAAAAGAGCUGCACAAGAGGCGAUUCAGUUGCAGCAGCACAUUAACAAGAAGAAGAGAGUUGUUUUGGGCGAUAUUCAAAAUGUCAUGUCUUCGAAUGGCCUCGUUUACGAUAAAAUUCAGGGUCUUGGUGUUGGGGACGACGAGAAGAGGAAAAGUAAGCCGAAGAGGAAAUCGAGCAAACGAAAAACGAUUGAGGAGAAAACAGACAGAGAGAAAGAGGAAACUGAUUCUGCCAUUAACGAGUGCCUAGAAAAAUGUGAGGAUCCACAGCUGUGCGAAGCUUAUGCUUCUGAUAUUUAUGAGUAUCUUCAUAAAAUGGAGAUGGAAGCUAGGAGAAGGCCAUUGUCCAAUUACCUGGAGAAAAUUCAAAGAGACAUGACUGCUAACAUGAGAGGGAUUUUAGUAGAUUGGUUAGUCGAGGUCUCGGAGGAGUACAAGCUUCAAUCUGAUACCUUGUACUCGACAGUUUCCUAUAUUGAUAGAUUUUUAUCCACGAAUGCUAUUAAUAGGCAAAGGCUUCAGCUUCUUGGAGUUUCUUCGAUGCUCAUUGCCUCGAAAUAUGAAGAGAUUAGUCCUCCGCAUGUGGACGACUUCUGUUACAUCACCGACAACACAUAUAGUAAGCAAGACAUUGUGAAGAUGGAGGCUGAUGUGCUCAAAUCCCUUAGGUUUGAGAUGGGCAGUCCCACAGUUAAGUCCUUUCUCAGGAGGUUUAUCAGAAUUUCCCAAGAAGACUAUAGGGGUUCCAGCUUGAAGUUGGAAUUCUUGGGUUCCUACUUGGGAGAGUUAAGUUUGCUGGAUUACGGGUGUGUCAAAUUCGUGCCUUCCUUGGUGGCUGCAUCUGUUAUGUUCCUCGCAAGAUUUAUGCUCCAGCCUAUGGUACAUCCUUGGAAUAUGGCUCUUGAACGUCAUUCAGGAUACAAAGCCUCAGAUUUAAAAGAAUGUGUGGCAAUACUUCAUGACUUGCAGUUGAGUAAAAGAGGAGGUGCAUUAGUUGCUGUGAGGGAGAAAUACAAGCAACACAAGUUUAAAUGUGUGUCGAUGCUUUCUUCGCCUUUGGAAGUGCCGGAGCCAUUCUUUGAAGACAUCAAGGGCAACUAA